CGUUCAGAAAUACAAAUGUAUCGCCGAUUGUUGGAUUGUCAGCGGCCUUCUGAUCACCUGUCCGUCUGCUGCUCAUAUUCACCAACAAUGCGUGUCCCACAAGUGUCAAGCUCUCCACAGAUCCAGGCGCUGUUGACCAGUGCAUCCUCAGGUUUAGAAGGCUUCAAAGCUCACGCUGUCUUCCAGGAGAUCAAUAAAAAGCUGCUCGAGGACGGAGAGCAGUUUGUGAAGAAGAUUGGAGGUGUGUUUGCCUUCAAGGUGAAGGACGGGCCGGACGGAAAGGAAGCCGUCUGGAUCGUUGAUGUGAAGAACGGGAAAGGCUCUGUUGAUAAUGAUGCCGAAAAGAAAGCAGACUGCACUAUUGCCAUGGCCGACUCCGACCUGCUGGACCUCAUGACUGGAAAGAUGAAUCCACAGACCGCGUUCUUUCAAGGCAAACUAAAGAUCACUGGAAACAUGGGAAUGGCCAUGAAGCUUCAAAAUCUGCAGUUGCAGGCAGGCAAAGCCAAACUGUAAGAGGCGGAGCCAAGGGAGGUGAGGGCGGGGCCUUGAGUAGCUCCUCCCACUGAGUUCACUCUAUCAGAGUAGCAGCACAGGAGUCUGAGACCGGAUGUGUUUCUUUCUGCGCUGUAGUGGUCAGCCUCUUUCUAACCAGGGAUAGUGAUAGUUCACCCAGAAAUGAAAUGGUCAUCGUUUACUCGCCGUCGCUUUCUAGAAGUUUCCCAUAAAAGUUACUUCUCAUGUUGCAAAAAAUGAUUUUCUUCCUCAGUAUUUUUUUUUCUUGUUUUCCAGUACAAAUAUCCAAACUUUUUUAAACCAUGAUACAUUUACUCGAAAAGCAUUAUUAGUCAGAAAGCAAGACUUGAACACAAUUUAAAGGAAAAACAAGAUCAUUCUGAAAACAUUUUCUUGUUUUAAGCUGUAAGUCACUUAGUUUUUAUACGUUUUUCAGAAAAUAAAACAUUGUUAGCUAUUUGUACUGGGAAACAAGAGAGUGUAGUCUUCUGGAGACUACAACAAUGAACUUUAUACAGUCAUAUGGUUUUUAAGAAGGUGAGUGAAUGAUGCCAGAAAUCUUAUUUUUGGGUGAAUUAUUGGUAACGCUUCCUUUUACAGUACAGUACUUACCUAGACAGUACUGGCUAAUAUAAGGCAAGUACAUGGAACAGGGGUAGGUUCAGGGUUAAUACUAGUUAUUACCCAGUAAUUGUAGUUACUAAAAUAAGUAUAUAGUAUUCACAUGGGUAAGUGGACUGUAAAAGGAAGCGUUACCGAAUUAUUUAAUGAUGAAUCUCUAAUAGAUACUGAUAAGUACUAUGGAAUUAAUACUGUCCUAAUAAGAUCGAUUUGAUAACUUUGAUAUGGUUUUCCUUUGUUUGGCAUCCUGUUUCAACUAUGUAUGUGUUUGUGUGGAUCGAUUUCCCCAAUGUUGAUAAAACAGACUAAUUAUACAGACUAAUGUCCAUCAAAUCAGUGUAUGGGUAUAUAUUUUAAUGUAUCCUUCAGUUAUUAUUGGAGCUUCAUUUCAUGUGUCUCUCUCAUGGACAUCGCUGAAUCCUGCACAUCAGAUGCUAAAAUACUUUUGUACUAAAUAAACUUAAUCUUUCUCAUGAAAAUGG